AUGGGCCUUUUGCGCCCCGACCCGCUCCUCGUCGUCGGCGAGCCACUCACCGCGGCCGAUGUCGCCGGCGCGGUGCAGCUUCCUCCCUCUCACAACGACCCUGCCGCCUUCAUCGACAGCCUGCCCGAUGGCGUCGUUCUGCGCCACUUCGACUUUGUCGCCCGCCUGUCCGACCGCACCAGCUGUCGCCCGAGUGCUGCAGCGCCCCUGAGGCGAAUUGGCGACCCGGCCGCCGACGCCGUCGUCGACAUCCUCGGCCUCGCCGACGUCAAGGGCCGUGGCAAGGACGCCCUCGCGGCCAUCGAGGAGUACCUGUCGCGCAAGGAGCAGGAGCUCGGCGUGCGGUGGAAGGAGGAGCGCGGCGAGGACGCCGUCUGGAGGCUGUGGGACGAGAUGGCGAGCGAGCCGCCCGAGGGUGUGCAUGGCUACGCGGCGGGUGCAGACGGCAAGCAGGACCGGCGGGCCGUCCCCCUCACGCCGUUCGAGGCAGUCCAGGGUCCGCCUACUUUCGCCGAGGGUCAAGCCGUCUUCUGGAAGUACUCGGCGCAGAUCUACUCGGCCCUCGGUCACUUCAGCCUCGCAGGCGGCUUCUCGGCGCCCAAACUCGCGGCCGUCAUGCACGAGACCAACUACCUCACCUCGGACGCGCGAGACGCGACGCACAAGCGCCUCCUCGAGACCUCGCUUCACGUCAUCGAUGUCAUGAGCGACAUGACGACGGGCACUGGGCGCGGCUGGAAGAGCACGUUCCGGGUGCGCAUGCUCCACGCGCAAGUACGUCGGCGCAUCGCCAACGGCAAGGGCCGGUACAACGUCUACGACGAGGCCGAGAACGGCAUCCCGAUCAACCAGGCCGACUUGCUCGCCGUCCUCGGCGCCUUCAUGAUCGCGCCCAUGUGGUCGUUGCGGCGCAUGGGCAUCAAGCCGACGGCGAGGGAGGAGGCCGCGUACCAGACGACGUGGCGCCACAUCGGCUACUACCUCGGCAUCUCGCCCGACCUCCUCACGCGUUUCUACGGCGGCUCGUACCAGGCCGCCGAGACCUACUUUGCGUCGCUCGCGUUCUCGAUCUUUCCUGCCGGCGAGCCGCCGAGCGAUCCGCUCGCCACGCCCCAGUACAAGAUCCUGUCAGCCAUCAGCAACCGUCCGCCACACCCGACCGGCGUCCUCCGCCACGUCGAGCUGUGCCGGCUCCUCCUCGGUCCGGCGCUCGCCGACCAGCUCGCGCUCCCGCACGGCACCCUGUACGACCGGUUCAUGGUCGACGUCGAGACGUGGACGGCGUGGGCCUUGCUCGCGUACGGCCAGGCGUACUCGCGCGUCGCCGGCGCGAGGGGUCGGCGGUGGGAGACGAUCCGCAGCGGGUUCUUCCGCCAAGUCAUCGAGCUCGUCGUCGUGUACCACCUCGGCGAGCGGCGCACGGUCUUUGCGUGGCGCGAGGCCGACAAGCACGGCGACAAGCUCGACAAGGAGGAGGGCGAGGAGCCUGGUAUCGAGCUCGGCCCACACGUCGGCAAGGCGGUCGUCAAGCAGUGGCGGCACCUGCUCAUCGAGAUGGGCUGCGUCCUCGGAGGACUUGCCGCGGUCGCGCUCGCAGGAGGAGCGCUCGUCGUGCGGCAGCUCGUCUAG